UCUGUACAUAUGCACCGCGGACCAAUUGCACAACUCGCUAACCACAAGUCUCGAUUCAAUCUUAGACAAUUGGGACUUGGCUCCGUCCGUUCCUUGGACCGGCAGAUCGUGCGUAUCUUGAUCAAGGUCAAGCAACUCUGCAGACUCCACCGAACCAUGCCAGGGUGGGAGCUUGAGACACUGCAGAUAGCACUCCGGUCGUAUCCUGCUUCGUCUGGAUCAGCUCAUCGUGUCUGAUUCAUGUCUGAUUCAUGUCGUCGGCCAUGGCAAAGUGCCGGUAUGGACGCAGCAAGAGGCGAUCCAUUCAAACCCCUUCCGGCAAUGCAAAAUGUCUAGAACAUUACGAGAAGACCUUGAGUGCGGUCGCAUCGAAAGGAAAAACUAGCGCCGGCGGCUCGCGCGGGCUGAGGAUCUGGCAAUUUUCGCCAGGCACUGGAGUGGAGCAAUCGGCAUGACCCACGCAUUGGAUUGAUAUGGCAGUUGUAGGUCGCGUUGGAAAAAUUCUUUGCUCUCGCUUCUUGUCUCGCAUUAAGCUGCGAUAGUGAAGAUCGGUACGAAGAAUGUUGGUCCAUUGGAGUGGAGCAAGGCCACCGUGUUGAAAGAUCGUGUCGUCCGACGGUAAAUGACGGCCUCGGCGGCCUGAAUGGGCCUGGCUGUCCUUUGUACGGUGAAUAUGCUCUCAAACCUCCAACGCUGCUGUA